UGACGCCGCGUUCCGGGCCCGACUGCUGAGAGCAAGCCGGUGAUAAGAGGAACUAAAAACUACCAAGUGUGACAACAAAGAGGCUCACAAGCAGCGCUGAAAAAACGGAAACUAAUCUCACAGGCCGCCCGGAGGAGUACACGCUGUCGGUAGUCCCUUCACACUUUCAUUUGUCCCGGCGGAGUGAAGCUCAUCAUGGCGGGGAGGAAGCUGCCACUGGUUGCUCUCUUCUGCCUUGUUCUGGCGAUGUUGCCUUCACACACAGAUACUGUAGCUGUCAUGUCAGUCGACCUGGGCAGCGAGUGGAUGAAGAUGGCCAUCGUGAAACCCGGUGUGCCGAUGGAGAUCGUUCUCAACAAGGAGUCGAGGAGGAAAACACCCAAUGUUGUAUGUCUGAAAGAAAAUGAAAGACUUUUUGGAGAUUCUGCAUUAGGAGUGUCUGUGAAGAACCCCAAAACUGUCUUCAGACACCUGCAAAGCCUCCUGGGCAAGAAGCACAACAACCUGCAGGUGGAGCUCUACCAGAAACACUUCCCUGAGCACCAGCUGCAGGAGGACCCGGUCCGAGAUACUGUCUACUUUAAAAACUCAGAAGAGCUGCAGUACACACCUGAGGAGCUUCUCGGGAUGAUGCUCAAUUACUCUCGUGGACUGGCUCAGGACUUCGCAGAACAACCGAUCAAAGACGCAGUGAUCACCGUCCCAGCCUUCUUCAACCAGGCAGAGCGCAGGGCCAUCCUGCAGGCUGCACAGAUGGCAGGUCUAAAGGUCCUCCAGCUCAUCAACGACAACACGGCCGUGGCCUUGAACUACGGGGUUUUCAGGAGGAAAGAUAUCGACAACACGGUCAAGAAUGUCAUGUUCUAUGAUAUGGGCUCAGGCAGCACCACGGCAACCAUUGUCACAUAUCAGACAGUUAAAACCAAAGAGACUGGCACCCAGCCGCAGCUGCAGAUCCGAGGAGUCGGAUUCGACCGUGGGUUGGGGGGCUUUGAGAUGGACCUGAGACUCCGGGACCACUUGGCCAAGCUGUUCAACGAGCAGAAGAAGAGUCAGAAGGAUGUGAGGGAGAACCACCGAGCCAUGGCUAAGCUCCUCAAAGAGGCUCAGAGGCUCAAGACGGUGCUCAGUGCAAACGCUGAGUUCAUGGCUCAGGUAGAAGGUCUGAUGGAUGACAUUGACUUCAAAGCUAAAGUGACCAGAGCAGAGUUUGAAAAGCUGUGUUCAGAUCUGUUUGAAAGAGUUCCUCGACCGGUGCAGGACGCCCUCACUUCUGCAGAGAUGAAGCUGGAUGAAAUCGAGCAGGUGAUUUUAGUAGGCGGCUCCACCCGUGUCCCCAAGGUUCAGGAAGUGCUGCUCAAAGCUGUGGAGAAAGAGGAGCUGGGGAAGAACAUCAAUGCAGAUGAGGCAGCAGCCAUGGGUGCAGUGUACCAAGCUGCUGCACUCAGCAAGGCCUUCAAAGUCAAACCUUUCCUGGUCCGAGACGCAGCUGUGUUCCCCAUUCAGGUGGAGUUUAACCGUGAGACGGAGGAAGAAGGGACCAAAACAGUGAAACACAACAAGCGUAUCCUCUUCCAGAGGAUGGCGCCCUACCCUCAGCGUAAGGUCAUCACAUUCAACCGCUACAGCGAUGACUUUGCUUUUGACAUCAACUACGGAGAUCUCAGCUUCCUCUCACAGGAAGACCUCAGUGUAUUUGGCUCUCUGAACCUGACCACAGUCAGACUGUCUGGAGUGGGAAGCAGCUUUCAGAAGCACACAGACGCUGAGUCUAAAGGCAUCAAAGCUCAUUUCAACAUGGAUGAAAGUGGUGUUCUCUUGCUGGACCGGGUGGAGUCUGUCUUUGAAACCAUUGUGGAGGAGAAAGAAGAGGAGUCUACAUUAACCAAACUGGGAAACACAAUCUCCACCUUAUUUGGAGGAGGAUCCUCAGAACCCGCCUCCAAUGGAACUGAACCUGUCCAGGAUGAAGAGGAAGUGCCUCCAGAGUCUGGAAGCGAAGGCAAGGACGAGGACAGCAAGGACAAGGGUCAGAAGGAAGAGGCUCCCAAAGAGAAGCAGGAACAAACAGAGAAAAGUGAACCAGAGGAGAAAAGCCAGGAGAAGAAGGAUGACGCAGGCAGCAACACUGAUGACAAGGAGGAAAAGGACGGAGAGAAACCUGCAAAUGCCGAGGCAGAGAAGGAAGCCGAGAAGAAGGCAAAACCUCAGAAGAAGAGCAAGAUCUCUGAAGACAUCGCAGUGGAACUCAUCAUCAACGACAUCCUCAACCCCACCGCUGAUGAUCUGUCUUCCUCCAAAAAGAAGCUGCAGGAUCUGACAGACAGAGACUUGGCCAAACAUGAAAGAGAAAAGACGCUCAACAGUCUGGAAGCUUUUAUCUUUGAGACUCAGGACAAGAUGUACCAGGAUGAGUACCUACUGGUGGUGUCGGAGGAGGACAAGGAACAGAUCUCCGCCAAGCUUCGCGAGGCAUCUGAGUGGAUGGACGAGGAUGGCUACACUGCUACCACCAAGCAGCUGAGAGAGAGGCUGUCUCAGCUGAGGAGCCUGUGUAAGGACAUGUUCUUCAGGGUGGAGGAGAGGCGCAAGUGGCCCGACCGCCUGGCCGCCCUGGAGAGCAUGCUCAACACCUCCAGCUUCUUCCUGAGGAGCGCCAAACUGAUUCCAGAAGACGACCAAAUCUUCACAGAAGUCGAGCUGAAUAUGUUAGAAAAAGUGAUCAAUGAGACGACGACGUGGAAGAACGAGACCAUAGCCGAACAGGAGAAACGCUCCCCGAAGGAGCGUCCCAUCCUGCUGUCCAAAGACAUCGAGUCCAAACUGUCCCUCCUGGAUCGAGAGGUCAACUACCUGCUCAACAAGGCCAAGUUCGCCAAGCCAAAGGCUAAAGCCAAAGCCAAGAACAGCACGAGCUCUGAGAAAAGCAGCAAGACCAACAGCACAGCCGAGGAGAAAGUCAUCCCUCCCACAGAGGAGACAGACAAAAACAAAGAAACUGCAGAGGAAGUGCUGCCAGGUGAAGCCCCGCCCACUGAGGAGAGCCCCAAACAGACAGAUUCAGAUAGCCAAUCACAACCCACAGAAGAAACAACAACUACAGGUCGGUCCGCCAAACCAGCAGGUGAUGAUGCUGGAGAACUUUAGGGACCAACGGAGAAGGCCGAACCUGAGAACCACAUAGGGGAUGAAUUAUAACAGCUGGAACUGAGAAAAAAAAAUCACUAUAUUUAUUGACAGUGUAUAAAUGUUCAAGUUCCCCCUCACUCUUUUAUCUGUUGGGUUUUUUUUCCUUUUUUUUUUUUUUUUGUCUUUAUGCCCCUGUUUGUUGAACUGCUGAAAGCUGAUUGGAUAAGGAUUGGAGACCACUCAUCUUGCCCCCCCGGCCCCCUCCCCACACACACACACAUACACACACCUCUCCCCCUCCUCCUUCACUUCCUGUGCUGUCCAUCUCCCCUUCUGUCUUUAAUGGACUCUUAUACAGCGAGAAGAAGCAGUUUAUCAAAUAGAAAGCAGAGACUGAUAGAUGCUGGGGGGGUCAAGACAAAAUCACUUCCCUCCUAUAACAUAUGACGGCGUCAGUGCUGAUACGGUGAGGUGUGAGCAGUGUUCGGCUGCACUGAAAUAGCUAAAUGAACACUUGAUAAAUAGAUGAGUGCUCUUAUACUCAUUCAUGAACAAUUCAUGUAUCUGAAUCUUUGACCACAGUGUGUUUUCAGGUUCAUAUUUGUCCUAACGCCUGCAUUCUUUAUUCAUAGCCGCUGAGUAAGUGCGCAACUUGUUGGGGGUUUGGUGGCUUUGGAGCUGAUUUAGGGUCCUUUGGAAGAUUUUGUUGCUUCAUUUGAAAAUGAAUUUGGCCAUUGGACAAAAAGUGUACACAUACAUUCUAAAUAUUGAAAACUUAAAGUACAGUUGAUAAGAAUGAAAAGCUUCUUUCAUCUGGUGAAUCAAAGCAUUAACUAUAAUCUGUCUUCAUCAUAAUUAUUAAUGCUGUGGCAUGGUACGAUUUGCCAUGUCAUACUGCAGUAACUCAACAGUGACUGUCAGAUUAGAAAGACUAAACUCUACUAAUAAUAUCUUACAUCUUAUGUAAAAGUUUGGAAAGUGUCUGUUCCUCAGUCAGAAGCCACUUUCACUUCUUUUUCUGGUAUGUUUACUUGAUGGAACUGAUGAUCCCCCAACUUUAUAAACCUGCUGAAGUGUAACUACCACACCACCAGCAUUUACAGUUUCUAAUGACUUAAUGGAAGCAUUGUUACUGUUCCCUACAGUGCAAAGAAGCAGCAGAUGCUCAGGUGCAUCAUCUAGCAGGUAGUGUUGGAGAUGCACGCUGAGAAUGAAUUAUAAAAACCCAGCUGCCAAACCGUGGUGUUUAAACAUUUAAAAACCAAGUCUUCACAUUUCAUCUUUCACCACUCCUCUGACCCGGCUGAAUGAACUAGAUGUAAUUCAUGAGUUAGUUGUUUUUUGUUUUUUUUUCUACUGAUGCCAAUUCAAUCCUUUGAAAAGUGCUUGAAUGUGUUUCAUACUCCAUGUUUUCAAAGACUCAUAAGCUGCUAAACGUUGUAGAAGAGGUGGUGCGUUAGUGUUGGUCACUGCUCUUUACCUCCAUUUACCCUGUGGUGCAGAUUCUCGCUCAGAUGUUCAGGGCUUUUAUUUUCCCUCACCAGGGCAGGAGGAGGAGGGGUGGAGGGAUUUGGAUCAGGACUUUGUGUCAGCUGUGUGCUUGGGUGUGUGCAGCACUCUGGAUCAUUUUGAGGGGGGAGGGGGGGGGUUGAUGAAAACAAAAAGUCAGGAAUGGGAGAUGCAAACAAUGUUGUGUUUCUAAACUGUUAAUAAAAAAAAAAACUUUUUUUGUUUUUAA